UCUGCUGCAGGAGUUAGCUCAGCAUGAGGGUUUGUGCAUACCAAUAUAUAACACAACAAAAGCAGGUCCAUGUCACAUGCCAAUGUUCUUUUCAACUGUGGAAGUAAAAGGAGAGAUAUUUCGAGGGAAAGUUGGGAAAUCCAAGAAACAGGCAGAGUUGAAUGCUGCUAAGGUUGCUUACUCUUCUUUUCUAAACGAGCGUGGAUGGAGUGGGAGUGCAGCCGAGGUUACUUCUCCUAAUCUUGUGGAAUUACAGCACAAACUUGAACAUGAGUUUGAGUUGUUUCCAUCUCCGACCAUUGAGUAUGAGGAACCUGCUAAAGAAAGCACAGUGGAUGAAGUUCAAGAAGUGGGUUUGAAGGAAACAUUAUUGGAAGUAGACACCAAGGAUUCUAGCUCAGCUCCUGCAGAGCUACAAAAGGAGGAGGAGAUUGAGAAUAAUGAGAAAUCAUUUUCUGGUUCCAAACAAGGACAAUUGAUGGCUUCUCCUACAUUGACACAAGCCAAAGUUUCUGCUCUCCCCAUUUCAGGCCCAAAAAUAGGAACAAGGAGUUACUUGCUAUGCAACAGGGUAAGGGUGUAUUCAAGCUUCCCAGAUAUUGCAUUCCCCAAGGGCAUUAUAGUGCUGCCAAUAAGUGAAAACAAGUGGGUGGCUGUAAGCUUAGAGUUCCCAAAUGAGGAAGGUAAAUGACUCAGAAGGCUUAUUAUGGUCUUUUGAUAGGGUCUACUUUAACUGAGAAGGCUUAUUAUGGUUAAAUUGUUUUACUCAUAUUAAUUAUACUUUAUUAUAUUUAAUGCUGCUUUCUUGUACCCCAAAAUACCAUCAAACAUGGCUGCUAUUGAACGACAUUAUGGUAAAAGGUUACUCUCAAAUAUUCAUAUCAUCUUUACUAAUUUUCUGAAAUGAA